UGUACUAUAUCCAAUAUUACAUCCUAUCAAUCUUACAAACCUUAUAUCUUACAAUUGAGCUAUAUUUUUUGUGAUAAUUUAAAAUGGAAAAGCAUUUUUAAAGUUAACUGAUUUUUAAGAUCUUUUUAUUUCAAAACAAGUGUUUCAACAAAUCAAAACAAGGGACUGUCCAUAAAUUAGGCAACGCUAAAUUUAUUUGAAAACGACUUAUUAAAUGUUGGUUGGAGACACUGAUAACUCUGAAUAUAUUCUUAUUGCAAAGCUUGACAAUGCAAAGAAUUUGUCCACUUUAUUGAAAGCAAUCCACUUUAGGGAGUCAGCCAUUAUUUUUGUAUCAGAAAAUGGUUUAAAAGUGACAGUUGAAGAGAGCAAAUUUCUUCAGGCUAGUGCUUUUAUUCAAUCUUCUAUUUUCCAAGAAUAUAUUUUUACAGAAGAGAGUGCUACUUUUAAAAUCAAUUUAAAUGUAUUGAUAGAAUGUCUCCAUAUAUUUGGUGGUUCAGAAAGUAGCUCACAUACUGCGUUGAAAAUGUGUUAUGCUGGUCAUGGCUUUCCUCUAAAGUUAUUAUUAGCUGAAGAUGGUGGCGUCCUAACAGAAUGUAGUAUAAAUACCCAAGAUCCAGAAGAAAUUGUUGAUUUUAAUUUUACUUCUUCUGAAGUUCGCAAUAAAAUUAUAAUGAAGAGUGCGGCAUUGAAAGAUGUUUUUCAAGAAUUAGAUAUGAGUUCAGAUGUGAUUCAAUUACUGCUUUCUCCAGCAUCACCAUACUUUCGAAUUUCAACAUUUGGAAACUCUGGGAGUAUUCACGUGGAUUAUCCCAGAGAUUCUGAAAUGAUUGAGACUUUUGAAUGUCAACAGACACAAAGUAGCAGAUACAAAACAUCAUUAAUGAAGCCUUCAAUAAAAGCUUUGUCUGUCUCAAGUAAAUUGUCAAUACGUAUGGAUAGUCGUGGUUUUUUGUCUCUACAGUACAUGAUUUUGAAUGAAGUUGGGCAAAUAUGCUUUGUAGAAUAUCUUUGUGCGCCUAAUGAAGAUUCUUGCGAGGAAGAAGUAGAUUUUUUUUAAACUAAAAAGCUGGCUGUAAGAUUUAUGAAAUGUUUUUAUAUAUAUUUAGUAUUUAUAUUUCUAUAAAUAUUUAUGUAUGUAUAUAUUUAUGUGAUAUUUCUGAGGAUUUAUUUUUCUGCGACUUGGUUUAUAUGUAAAAAUGCAGGUUUAUACAUGA